AUGGCAUACAAGUAUCCAUGCUUUCAAUUACCUAGUCCAAACUGUGGAAACAAUGAGGAACUACUCCACUGCAACAAGGAAAACAGUCGGCGAAAUUGUUGUCAGGCCCUUGCUGCUGCUGUACGUUCGGAGAAUGAGUCUACCGCAUGCAUUGUAUCACGGAUACUCUUUCUUGAUAGUUACUUCUACUCUGAAGAUAAGGACAGCUGGAAUUGGCCAAAUGGUGUUAAGAUGCAUGUUCUUGGUUCAUUGAUUUUGCAAUCAAUUUUUAGACUUCCAAAUGAUUUCAUACUGGAAUACAUAUACAGUAUCACAUCAUUGGAGGACAACCAUGUGCUUGAAGCAUCAAAAGACCCUGGUGGUGCCAGGGUUAUUGAAGCAUUUCUCAAUUCAAAUGCUUCGACUAAACACAAGCGCAAGUUGGUUAUCAACAAUUUUAUAGACAUGAAGGUCCACCAGGCCCCCAAUAUACUUUCAACUCUGCCAAUGAGAAGCAAUUCCAAAAUGGUUCUACACACUCCCAACCGAAACCCUGCUGAAUUCAGUAUUCCGGAUCCUCAAAACAAGUUUACCAUAUGUGCAAUGAGUGCAUUUUGUGCUAAUUACCCUUCUUCUUUUCCUGACAUAUAUAAGCUGAUAUGUAAGCCCUCAUUUCAAAUCAUAAAUUUAAAACCUUUUGGUUCUAGAGUUUAG